AAAAUAAGUACUUACUUAAAAAAUGGAGUGUAAAAUAUUUCAGCUUUCAUUUUUUUUUUUUUUUUUUUCAUUUUUGGCUCAAUUAUAAUAAUGGUUUGUAAAUUAAAUCGAUUCGUAAUGUAAUUACUCAGAAACGCUAGGAGUUGCUCACAUUGUGUAAUUACUCAGCUCCACCCCAUAUUUGGGGAUAGGUCGAAAUUAGGGUUACUGAUUUUCAGAUCUGAAAUCAGCCAAAAGUCAACAAACUGAAUUAGGGUUUUAUUUUAUUUAUAUCGUAUAUGAAGUUGUAGUUUAGUUAGAGAGGAGCGUAAAGGAGGGUGAUUUUGAGCUACCAAUGCAAUUUGAAUUGAAAUCCAAAUUGUGACACCGCUUUGGAAUUUUUUGGGUCACAGAAAGGAAGAGAUCAUCAAUGUCUUGGGCAAGUGCAGAAGAUAUCUACCUCUCUACUUCUCUUGCUAGCUAUCUUGAUAAGAAACUUCUCGUGUUGCUGCGAGAUGGGCGGAAGCUUUUGGGGACGCUUCGUUCUUUUGACCGAUUUGCUAAUGCUGUAUUAGAAGGUGCAUGUGAGCGUCUUAUUGUUGGUGAAAUCUACUGUGAUAUUCCGUUGGGUCUUUAUAUUAUACGAGGGGAAAAUGUCGUUUUGAUUGGCGAGUUGGAUGUAGAUAAGGAGGAACUUCCACCCCACAUGACUCGGGUCCCAGAAGCUGAGAUAAGAAGGGCCCAAAAAGCAGAAAGGGAGGCUUCAGAUCUUAAAGGUACAAUGAGAAAGAGGAUGGAAUUCCUUGAUAUGGAUUGAAGUUUCUUGCUCUCAUACCAGGCUCAGGUUGGAAUCAUGGCAUGCCUUCCGCAAAUAUUAUCGCGGUUGCUUGGUGGUGGCAAAAAGUAACUACAACUCGGUUCCUCUUUUCUUACUGGCUGUACCCUGUAUGUGUAAGUGUUCAUUGUAACAUCUACAGUACAUGAUUGCUGCUGUGGUGGGAACAGAGUUGCUAUCUUCUUAUGUUUCCUCUGUUAGAUGUUUCGAGUAUGGUUGGUAGGAUCAUCUUUCUGGUAGUACAGGUAGUUGACCUGUUGAUGGUAUGGAGAAUGCUAGACUAUGAAUGAUGGUAUACGUGAUUCAACGUUCUUCCAUUGUUCUCUUAUUCAGCGUCUAUGGUGAAUUGUAUCAUAGACUCUAACCUGGAUUCAGCAUUUGUAUCCUGUUGAAAUAGGAGCUCUUUUGUUUAUA